UCGUCACCUCAGCAGAGCCUACCCCGCGCAGACGCCAGGGGCCAGGGUGAGGCCCUGAGUAUGUUUGCGGUGUUCCGGAAGCCCAAGACAUUCAAGCUGCGGGCCCUGCACAGCCAGAGCAAGUUUGGGGUGGCGGGCAGGAGCUGCGAGGAGGUGCUGCGGAAGGGGUGCCUCCACCUGCAGCUCCCUAUUGCUGGCUCCCGCCUCUGCCUCUAUGAAGAUGGCACGGAGCUGACUGGAGAUUACUUCUGGAGCGUUCCUGACAACUCCGAGCUUGUGCUUCUCACCAAGGGCCAGACUUGGCAGGGCUAUGUGAGUGACAUCAGUCACUUCCUCAGCGUGUUCCACAAGCCGCACGAGGGCCUCAUCCAGGCCGCCCGGCAACUGCUCUCUGGCGAGCUGGCCCCGCUGCGGCAGAAGCUUCUGGUCGACCUGCUGCACACUGUCAGUGAGAACAUCGCGGCUGAGACCCGGGCCGAGGACCCGCCGUGGUUCGAAGGUUUGGAGUCCCGGUUUAGGAGUAAGUCCAGCUAUCUGAGAUACAGCUGCGAGAGCCGGAUCCGGGGCUACCUGAGAGAGGUGGGCGCUUACUCCUCCCUGGUCGGCGCCGAGGCUCAGGAGGAGUUUGUGCAGAUCGUCGAGGCCAUGUCCCGGAGGCUCAGGGCUGUGAGUUACAAUGGCAGCUACUUCGACAGAGGAGCUAAGGCAAGCCGGCUCUGCACGCCGGAAGGCUGGUUCUCCUGCCAGGGUCCUUUUGAUGUGGACGACUGUGCGUCUAAGCACUCCAUCAACCCCUACAGCAACAGGGAGAGCCGGGUCCUCUUCAGCACCUGGAACCUGGACCACGUAAUAGAGAAGAAACGCACCAUUGUUCCCACGCUGGCUGAAGCGAUUAAAGAACAAGAUGGAAGAGAAAUAGACUGGGAGUAUUUUUACAGCCUGCUUUUUACCUCGGAGAAUCUAAAGUUAGUUCACAUUGCCUGCCAUAAGAAAACCAACCACAAACUCAGCUGCAACCCAGACAGAAUCUACAAACCCCUGACAAAGCCGAAGAGGAAGCGGCCUGCUAAAAAGUGCCCGUGACCUGGGCACACACCUUGACCUCACGCAUGGCCUGACAGUGUGUGGAUAAUUUUAAUAGGUGCUAAUUAAUUUUGGUCACUCCAGUAGUCUCUGGAAGAAAACUUAAAAAAAAAAUCUUUCUACAAAUUCUGACUCCAGUAUCUUUCUGCCUCUGUCUUCUGCACCUCUGAGAGCCCAGCUGCCAGAGGCCCAGUGUGGCGUGCUCCCUGGCGCCUGUGCGUCCUGGGAGUGCCGGCUGGCAGGGUCGGGAACAGUCCUUGUGCUCAGGAAUCCUUUCCUCCUCUGACUUCACCACUGGUGUGUAUGCUCCUGUAGCAUCUCCAUCCUAAACCGGCCUCACGGCCAAACCUGGCCACUCUUGAGGGACCAGUUGUUUAUGCGCCAGCUCUCUGCUGCUGCGUUUCCAUCUGCCUUGGAGAGCUCCAUCCUCUGGACUCUUCUAAAUGCUCAAGAAACAGCUGUGACCCUUUUGGGGUAAAGUGUUGUACUCCAUAAAGAACAUACAAGGAUAGUCAUUGUUGUGUUAUUUCUAAUGCAUUCUUUAUAAUGGCAAAAGCAGAAAACUCUCCAAAUGUCUGUCUGUGGGGAAAGGCUGAUGGGGGCCUUCUGUUGAACCAUGUGAAACUGCUGUUUCUGUAGGUUAAAAAUGGUCAGAUAUCACUGAUUUCAUGAUUCAACCUAAAACGUCUAUAAAAUGCAAAACUAUGUAGCAGUUUUAAGUGUUUAUGUACGGAAAUGGGGAGCUGUCUGUUAAAUGCAUGAGGCAAGCGCUUAACCAGGCAGAGUAGGAGCCGUUGGUUUUAUAAAAGGUUCUGAGUGUAUGUCACAUGUGUGACAAUGCGUACAGAGACAGCCUGCAAGGAAACACACCAUCUGUGAAUGGCAAUAAUCCUGGGGGACAAGGUUGGGGUCCGAGUGGAUUACAAAGGACUCAUUUUAUAAAUCGUGUAUUUUAUAAUACUUGAAGUUUUUGAAAUGAGCAUUUAUUUCAUAAUUUAAAAAAAUUUAAAGUCAUAAUGUUUUGUACUAUUUGAAUUUUUACAUUUAUUGUAUAAUCAGAAAAAGCAAUAAAGAUUUUUAUUAAAUAGGCAUGUCAAAAGAGUUUGCAAUCAUUGAUAAUGACAAAAAUAAGGAUAAAAAUAAGGGGUCAAUGAUUUUUAAAAGAUUAACCCAAUCGUCCCGUUUUCUUCUCUGAAAUAUAGAAACACCUUAGAAUGAGCCAGUUCUAGAUGCAGAAUUUUAGAAGUUCCGUCUCAUUAAGUGGCGUUUAUCUGUCUGAUCAGGAAGUGCGGAGGGCGAGCUGGCGCCCAGGAUGCCUGGAUCCUCUCCCCAUGUCCCUCGUGCCCGGGCCAAACUUUCCAGAGGUCAGCAGCUGCCAUCUGUGCAGUGAGGGGCUGGGCUGGGCCCGGCAGCCUCCAAGCUCCUUCCAGCUCGUUCACUGAGUUUGGGGAAGGGCUAGCCUGCUCUCCGGGGCCGAAAGUCCCCUUUCUGCAGCGCGUCUUUGUCAGAGCCUUUCCUGACGGCCGUCUUGGUAGAGUUGUUCUAGUGGAGGCUCCUCCUCCCACACAGGAGAGUGACAGUGCCCCCGCCUCGCCACGGGACACACAGGGCUGCUGCCCCUCCACCAGCGGGCUCCGGGUGCCACGCCCAUCGCUGGGCUCUGUGAGAUUGGCUCUGUUAGGGCUUUUCCCGCCUUCACUGCUGUCGGCUCCUGUACCUGUUUCUCCUGCCCUUCCUAACCUGCAGUUGCAUCUCCGCCACGGCAGGAAACCAGAAAUGCGCUCUGCCCGAAGCUCUGUGCAGACAGGCGCCUUCGAGCAGGAGCUGCAAGGCUCUCCCGGUGUGAUGUUGUUUGUUGUUUUCCACUUUCUUCCAGGCCCUGAGCUUGGGUGCUGGGCGACUGUGAUUGGCGAGAGGUGUCACCAGUCAGGAGUUAUGUCACCCAAACCCUCAGACUCCCAGGUUAGAGGAGGUAGCUGAACCUUUUUGCAAAAUAUGGGCUUAUGGUCUGUCCAUUCUCAACAAAAGGAAAGAAGAAAAAUCUUGGAGCUGGGAGUGUAUAGUCGUGUGAUCUGUGGUGUGAGAUCCAGGCACCGGGUCCCCCACUGCUGGAAGGCCCUGGCGUCAGCGAUGGGCUUCCAAGGAAAAGCCCGGUGGGUGGCCUUCACAAGGCCUCAAGUGGCUGCGUCCCAGGCUCUAUUGUGUCGCAAGGCUGUGGUGAUCAGAGCUCCUGCAGCUUACAGGAGGAAGGGCGCCAGGCAGCCAGCCUCUGAUGGGGCUGCGAGGGGGCAGAGGGUGCUGAGAUGGAGAGCGCGGGCAGAGACUGCGUAAGCAAAGGGAGGCCCAGGAGGGAGCUGGCUGUUCAGGGGCUGAGGGUGAGGAGGCGUGUCAGUCCUGGGAGGGGCCGCAGGCUGAAGGGUGUGAGGAUGGGGAGGAGUAUCCACGAGGUGAGACUCCAGGCCGCACUGCAAAGUGAGGCCAGGGCAAAGAGUGGGUUUAAUUCCAGAUGCCCUAGAAGCACUUGAAGGGCUUUAGGGAGGGAGCCUGACUUACAUCUUAAACCCUGCCCAUUCCAUAGAAAGGCCUGUUUUCAGGGCUGCCUUGACUCCUCCUGGGGGGGCCCUGAGCCCUUGGACACUCCUGCAGAGAAGUGUCUUUGUAUGCCCGAGGACUGGGCCCCUCUCUCUACUGACCUGGGGGCUGGAGUCUGAGCAGCUAAGUUCCUCAGAUGGGCACUCCAUGCCUACGUGGCUGACCCCCAAUAAAACGCUGGGCCCUGAGGCCCGGGGGAGCCUCCUCAGCUGCAACACUUCGCACGUGUAGUCCCCCAUCAUGCCCGUCUCCAUGCGACUCCACGGGAGAGACACCUGAAGCCUGUGACGGGUCUCUCCUGGACUCUGCCCCAUGCGCCUUUUCCCUCUGCUGUCUUUGAUCUGUGUCCUUUCCAGAGAUAAACAGUGACUGUGAGUAUAACGGCUCUCCUGAGUCCUGUGUGUUCUGUGAAUUGUUGAGCCUGAGGUGGGCUCAGGGCCCUAUGCAGACAUGCAUGAGGGAGGAAGACAUCCACAGCUUAUUGUGGUCCUCAGCUCUGCGGGAGUAGACUUCCAGGGGUACGUAUUCUGUACGGCUCAAGCACUCUAGUCCUUUCGUGAAGACCCAUGUUACAGAGUGCUUCUAAAAAUGUGCAUCUGUCACGCAGCCCGGCCUCUGGCAGUAGCCUAGGUCAGGCAGUCACUUCACAUGCUGGCAGAACGUAUCAUUGGAAUACCCACAGUUAGAGUGAUUUUAACAUCUACUUUAAUAUGCUUUUUGGGAUGUCAUCCUUAGGGCUUAUCCUACAUUCCUUUUGUAUUGCUGGUCCUCAGUCAUCCUGAACUGGCCUCAGCGUAACGUUUCUGUUGUGCUGUUGGCACUGUGAGCACAGAGUGGGCUUCCUGAUGCUCCACGAGGCUCCGGAACCACCACAGCCUGUGCGGCUCCUCCCCUAGUGUUUCCACCUGGGGACAUUUCACUCUCAGUCGAGGGUGACCAUCACGGAUACAGAUUUGCCACCUCCGCCACUUUCUCAACACCAGAGAUGCCACAUGGAGUUUUCUGCACCUCAAAAACUCUUCAACUACCACGUGAAAUGACAGAGCUUUGAUUCAGCGGAGCCCGCCGCUGCCGCGUUCUCCGUGAUAGAAGGGAAGCGCCCGCACACGCCGCGGCCUCCUUCCCAGACGCCGCUGAGAAGCCUCGGCAGACGGGAGGCUGUCUCCCCGCUGAUGCUCCCGUCAGUGCAGGUUGGAAACUGCGAGUGAGGGAGGGUGGUCGUCCUUGGAGUGAACAGUUUUCAUUUCCCACUUUGCUGGAGCAUAACCUGGUGUCUCUUCCGCAGGUGUGCUGGGAUUCAGGACGAUGCUUCUCCCGGGGGACAGUGUGCAGGGAAGACAAAAUUGCCACACUGAGGCAGCUCGAGCACGACGGGUCCAGGUGCAGUGAUUAACGGUCGUUCCUGCGUGAUCUCAAGCUAUAAAUUAUUUCCCCUGGCUGCUAUCAAGAGGCUUUUACAAGCAACAUUUUCAAAUUACUAAAUAUAGAGUAGUUCACUGAUCAAUAAAUCACCAAAUUAUUCAGAGUAGGCAAAGGUCACUGCUGCUAAUGGGAAAAUGAUCCCAUCGGAAGCAAAGAACGCCGGCUGGGGAGAGUCUCUUUCUGGCAGGGCAGGUGGAGCCAUCAGGGAGCUGAAACAUCCCUUACAGGGCACUUCAACUGCAUUUUGCCCCCAAUUAUCUCUUACGUAAAAUACUUCUGUGUUUCACAGUUGAAUGGGGUACAUCUAGCUGCUGUUAUAACUAAACCAGAAAGGUGUAAACAGUCAGACUCUGUUGCUCACUCAGGGAGAUGCAACACCGUCCUGCUGCCUUGCAGGCAGCUUUCCUCCUUGUUUCGGGUCAUCUGGGAACCUGGCUCCCACCUGGACCCUCUCACCUCCUGGAUGCUCCUCCUCCUGCGCGCUCUCCAGUCCUAGGCCCUGCGUGGUCUCUGCACGCAGCUGGUGGCAGUCAGAGGCAUGCAGAGCACACCUGCGCUGCUCUCCACAGUGCACAGGCGAGAAUGCACCACAGGCGCUCCUGGACGCAAGGGGGACUGGGCAGUGCAGUCUCUGGCGGGGCGCUGUGCCUGUGACCCUCCACAGCAGGGAGGAGAGCGCGGCGCUCGCGGGACGGCUAGCCUCCCCACCCCACGGGGCGAAGAGUGUGCUGAACACCUCUGCUGUCUCAGAAAUCCCAGACCUACACCAGAGGUCACAUCCCUUCAAGGUCACAGCUCUGCUCUUAACUCUCGGGCCGCACGGGGCCUCCCCCUGCUGGUGUGCAGGCACAUGGGCUGGCCCAAACAUACAAGCAGACCGCACGAC